CCACCACCUCCUCCCCAAAAACCCCACCAACAAAAAAAAAAAGAAAAAAAAAAAACCAAAACCACCCCCAAUUUACCUUUGCCAGUUUUUUCAAUUCAAUUAAUGCAGAAUUAGGCGAGUUGCUAGGUUUUUCUCAUUUUUCUUAAGCUGCUUUAGGAAGGGGAAAAUUUUUUUUUUUAAAAAAAGACUUUCACUACGUUGAUAUAUGUAUAUUUUUCGGUUCUUUUAUAUCCUCGAGUCGUUUUUACAACGCAUUUCGUCUACAUAACAAGCGUUCAUAUGCUAGGAUUUGUUUCAAUUUAAUUUAAUUUUGUUGAUUCUUUAAGAGAUAAAAUUAUUAAGUUAGGGUUUGCGUUCGAUUGUUGAAUAUUCCAGCCGAACUGGAAUGGAGCCUCGUGUCGGUAAUAAGUUUCGGUUAGGUCGGAAAAUCGGCAGCGGCUCAUUUGGGGAGAUCUAUCUUGGUACUAAUAUUCAAACUAAUGAAGAGGUUGCUAUCAAGCUUGAAAAUGUCAAGACAAAGCAUCCGCAGUUAUUGUACGAAUCAAAGUUGUAUAAAAUACUGCAGGGAGGAACUGGAAUUUCAAAUGUUAGAUGGUUCGGAGUCGAAGGAGACUAUAAUGUUCUCGUGAUGGAUUUACUGGGUCCUAGUCUUGAAGAUUUAUUUAACUUCUGCAGUAGAAAGCUGUCUUUGAAGACUGUUCUAAUGCUUGCCGAUCAUAUGAUUAACCGGGUUGAAUUUGUUCACUCCAAAUCUUUCUUGCAUCGGGAUAUCAAACCUGACAACUUCCUUAUGGGCUUAGGGAGACGUGCAAACCAGGUUUAUAUCAUCGAUUUUGGACUCGCUAAGAAGUAUAGGGACUCGUCUACUCACCAACACAUUCCAUAUAGAGAAAACAAGAAUCUGACUGGAACAGCCAGAUAUGCAAGUAUGAAUACUCACCUUGGCAUUGAACAAAGUCGAAGGGAUGACUUAGAAUCGCUGGGAUAUGUUCUUAUGUACUUCUUAAGAGGGAGUCUGCCUUGGCAGGGGCUGAAAGCAGGCACCAAGAAACAGAAGUAUGAAAAAAUCAGUGAAAAGAAAGUUUCGACCUCCAUUGAGGCUUUAUGUCGUGGCUAUCCUACAGAGUUUGCUUCCUAUUUCCAUUGCUGCCGUUCCCUUAGGUUUGAUGAUAAACCAGAUUAUGCCUAUCUUAAGAGAAUUUUCAGAGACCUUUUCAUCCGGGAAGGCUUUCAAUUUGAUUAUGUAUUUGAUUGGACAAUCUUAAAAUAUCAGCAGUCACAGCUUGCCAAUCCUCCUUCUCGUGCUCUUGGUACAACUGUUGGAACUAGUUCGGGAAUGCAGGUCAGUGCUGCCAAUCAUGAUAGGCAACAAGGUGGCGAAGAUGGUAGGCCUACUGGUUGGUCAACAGCUAAUCAAGCUCGUAGUCGAAACACUGGAAUGCAAUUGAAUUCCGGAAGCUUCUCUAGACAAAAACCAAAUGGUUUGGUGACUGGUAAAGAGGUUUCUAGUUCUAUGUUCCUCCGUUCAAGUGGAUCUUCAAAGCGACCUGCCGUUUCUAGUAGUCGUGACCCUGCAAUUUUGGUGGGUAAUGAAUCUGAACCGUCACGAACUUGUACAGCAGAUGCAAGCCCAGGAGUUCUUCGUAAAAUUUCCAGCACUGCACAAAGGAGUUCUCCAGUUGUAUCAUCCGAUCACAAGCACAGUUCUUCUAACAUGAAGAUUUUUGAAUCCACCAUCAAGGGUAUAGAGGGCCUGAGUUUUGGGAAUGAAGAGACGUUGCACUAUUAGCUACUGCGUGUGAUUCAUUUCUUACUGCAAAUCUUGGUAUAAUGAGCAAGCCUGUGGUUCUUCGGGGUAAUGUUGGAGGCCUGUUAUCCAUCCACCUAGCUGAGGGUGAACGGGGUAGAAAUUGGGAGCGUAAUUUGAACUUGAAAUGAGGAGGGAACGACAGGGGUUGUCAAUGAAAGUUUAGAUGCAUUUUUCCGCUACCUUCUGUCAAUGCGCGUUCGAGUGGUUCUUGGCGUUUAGCGUUCACAUUUUUCUUGUUUCCCACCUAUAUAUAUAUAUAUCAGUCUCCUACAUUAAGGUUUAUGUCGACCACCUUGAGCAGAACUGUGGCCUAUGUAUUAUGUACAAUGGUGACUAAGAGGUAUGUAUUGGUUUGGUUGAGCUCAAUUUGGUACAUUUGAAGGUUGCAGCACGUAGCUUAAUCUACUACUAAUACAUUUGCAAGAGGUUGAUCUUCAA